AUGCCGGAUCCACUCGAGACUUUAGCACCCGACACUCUCCGCCUCGUCAGCUCUCCGGACCUGCUGGACGAGUUUUCACUCCAAUUACAAAAGCUGCCCCAUGAAGAAGCCCAGCGUAUCUGUCUCGACCACCUGGCAUCCCUUCCUCGUCCUUGCGAGUCCGUAUUCGCUCUCGCCCAUCUUUGCUACCAAUACCUCGUACCGAACGGUGGUUCGGCGUCCGCUUCAACGCUCGGAGCCGUAGGACCAGUCGCUCCGGCCGCUCUUCAAGCCAUCGAAGAGUGGGCAACGUUCUUUCACAACCGUCAGAAUGUCAUCAACAUGGCCACAAAGAUAGCUCAAGGAUGGAAGCUCGACGGGAUUGAAAACUUUCGACACGAUCAGAUGAAACCGCCUCCCGAUCCUACGCCUAAGUAUCUGCGUGCUCUUAACUCGCUGCUCUUGGCCGGACCGAGUAAGGAGGAGGCAUUGGAAUUGGUCCAUACGGCUUGGGACAAGCGCUGCAAAGACGCUGCAUCGGGUCGUCAUGGAGGAACGGCUACCCCCUUCAUCAGUUCGAUCGAUCUCGUGAACGCUCGAGGCGCCUACCGACAGAGCCACGGUCAGGAUCCCACCUCUUCUGAGGAACCCGGGUCGAAUCGCAAGAGACAGCGUGACAGCGUCGAGGCAGACGGAGACCGCCUCGAUGGCGCCGUUCAGGACAGUUCCGGGUCGGGAUCCUCGGGGCCACCUCCACUCAAGAAGAGCGGUGGCCCACGACGUACCCCUCGAUCUGAUGUGCAUCAGACCCAGCUUCAACAGAUCAUCGAUUGCAAGGUCUGUAGCACCUCUGCGCGCGAGCGGCUUUGCACUCACAGGGAGACCGGACACGCAGACCGUGUUCUGGAUGGCGAUGGCAUGGAUACUCUGCUCAGGGGUUAG